AUGUCCAAGGCCGAGUACCGGGCGCUCAAGGCCCGGCUCCGGCACGAGUGCAGCCAGCGGCGCAUCCGCCUCGAAGAGUUUAUGAAAACCUUCGACGUGCACAAGACCAAGAAGGUGACAACCGACCAGUUUGCACGUGCGCUCGACGCCAGCGGCGUUCGGCUGAGCCGCGCCGAAGUCGAGUUGCUACUGCAAAAGUACCGUGUGCCGGACGCACCGCGGCUCGUCGACUACCGCCGGUUCUGCGACCUCAUCGACAAGAGCUGCACGGCCAAGGACCUCGAAAAGAAGUUCAAAACCAAACUCUCGCUCGAGACAAUGCGCCCGACACAAGCCGGUGCGUUCACCAAGCAGCUGCCGACGAGCGAGAGCGAGGUAGCCGCACUGCGCUCAAUCACGGAGCAGCUCGCCCGCGCCGUGCGCAUCAAGGGCAUUGUGCUUAAAGAUGUGUUUCACGAUUUCGACAAAAACAACUCGGGGUUUGUGACGCAGGCGCGCUUUACGCGGGACCUCUUUGGCAUCCUCGGCGACGUCAACCCAAGUGAGCUCCGCGUGCUCAUCAAGGUCUACGGCGCCGGCCUCGACGUCAACUACAAGCUGCUGCACCACGAUUUGACCGACGGUGUCUUUCCUGCAUACUACAGCAACAAUGGUGUGAAUGCGUCGCCGCGGGCCAAGCGCCGGGGUGGCAACCAGUACGGUAGCACCGAAGCCGACGCGAUCGAAGGCCCGCUGCGGGAGAUUGCGGCCCGGGAUCGAAUCCGCGUCAAGAACUUCUUCACCGACUACGACCGGAUGCGGUCGGGCAAGUGCACGGAGGCUCAGUUCAUGCGCGCGGUCAAGGUGUGCUUUGGCGCGCUCACGCAGAGCGACUUGGACGUCCUCGUCGCCAAGUACGCGGUCGGUAUCGUCGAUGUGAGCCACGAGCGCAAAGUCGACUACAUUGCCUUCUGCAAGAGCAUUGCGCUCGGCGAGACGCACGACGAAGCCAACGAACUCGAAACAACGACGACGACCGGGACUCGCUUAGCGUCAGCGUCGACGUGCCCACGCUGCCGUCGGCCGCCUGCUCCCGCGGCGUCCGCGGCGUGCUCUCCGACACUGAGCUCCGUCACGACGCGCCGCAUUGCGCUCAAGCCUGCGUUCACCGACUUUGACCGCGGCAAGACCGAGUGCGUCACGUGCGAACAGUUUGCGCGGGUCUUGGCGCUCUUCAACUUGCACGUCGUGUCGCCGGCCGAGAAGCAUGUGGUGCUGAAGCGGUAUGCGAGCACGCGCCUCAACUCGGCGCCCGUCGCGCAGCUCGCCUUUGACAACAAGGCGUUCGUCAACUACAAGACGUUCUGCCUCGACUUGGACGGAUACGACGAAUCGAUGCAGCGGCCCGCGUCAAGCGAGCCUGUCAAGCGCGGCGGCAUGCCCAAGGUCACGGACGACGCCCCGUCCGAGGCCAAUCGCCUCGACAUCAAGCCGUCGUUCGAGGACUUUGACUUGGCCAACCAAGGCUUCAUCUCGCACACCAAGUUUGAGCGCGUGCUCUCGGUCUUCCAGCUGCUGCCGGCCGACGCGCCGACGUGCCGCGCCCUCUGCAUCAAGUUUUCCGAGCGCGGGAACGCACCGAUGCCGGGCGUGAGCUCGACGUGCGACGUCAACUACCGAGCGUUUUUGCACGCGCUCUCGCAGCUCCAAGGCGGUGCGACGCGCGUCCCAGGGGCGCGCGAGUACCGACUGCAGCUCGCGGCCGGGAGCCACAUGGACGGCAAUGCCGCCGCGGCGCUUCGCCGGUCGAAAGUAACGCCGCAUGCGGUGCGCCUUCCGUCGCUGCUCAAGGACCUGCGGCUCCAAAUCGACGCCAAGCGCGUUCGCAUCAAACAGUUUUUUGCCGAGAGUGACCGACUGCGCACCGGCGACAUCACCGUCGCCAAGUUCCACACCGCCAUCAACCGCUGCGGCCUCGUUGUCAACGCCGACGACGUGCACACGCUCAACGCCGCCUUUGCGUCGACGAGUCGACCGGACCAAAUCGACUACCGCGCCUUUCUGGACGCCAUCGAGGCGACGUCGCACACGGAGGACUGCCGCGACGAGGUGCCGGCGCCAGAGAAGUCGCCCGCGCUGGACGCGCUCCUUGGGCGCAUUCGAACGGCGGUCGAGUUUCGCCGACUCAACAUGAAGCCGUACUUUGAAGACUACGACCACAACUUUCUCAUGCACGUGACCAAGACGCAGUUUGCCGCCGUGCUCAACCUCAUGCGCAUCGAGCUCUCGCCGGCCGAGACGAGCUUGCUCACGAACGCGUACGCUGUGCACCACGGACGUCAAGUCAACCCGGACGUGCACUACCUCCGGUUCCUCGAAGCCGUCGACCCCGUGUAUAGACCGGUGCAGUAG